AUUUGAUCCGUAAAUGACGAGGCUCUGAAACCUCUGCUGUUCUCUCAGUUUUUUUUUGGCACCAAGAAGGAAAGAGAAAAAAGCAGCAAUUGCUUCUCUUCUUCUUGUUGUAUAUGGGAUUUAGCUGUUAUGGCGAUGCGAUGGAGCAAUGAAAAGCGCUUCUGAGGAUUUUCUUCUGGUCUUCUUCGAUUUGAUGUUUCCUGAAUUCACAUUGGAAUUCUAGGUUUGCAAUGUCGAGGCCAUUGUACCGGGGAUUCACCGGCAGCAGUGGAAGAUUAUCCACUGGGAGUGGAAUCGGCGAUUCCUUCAACAAGAGCUACCAACUGAAAGAUUUCUCUGAAAUUGGAUUUGGGCAUGAGCUCCUGAACCCUUUUGGAACUAGUAAAAGCCGGCGGAGUUUGACACUUGGUCUGCUCAAGCUCGGCGUUGCCGGAGUCAUCUUUCUUGCACUUUUAGGUUUACUGUUUUGGGUUUUAUGUAUCUCUACUUCCUCACAAGCUAUCCUCUAUAGAGGCUAUCGAAGACUCCAAGAGCAGCUUGUUGCAGAUCUGUCAGUUGUUGGAGAGCUUUCCCUUGGUAUUGGCAAGCUCAAAGAGCUUGAAUUCUGCCCAAGUGAUUAUGAGAAUUAUGUGCCAUGUUACUUCAACAUUUCUGAGAGUUCGAAUCCGGCAGAAUUGGAUGGAAAGAUUGAUCAGUAUGAGCGGAGCUGUGUUCAUAGAUCGGCAAAGGAACAAGGUUGUUUGGUUUUGCCACCAAAGAAUUAUAAGAUUCCACUGAGAUGGCCAACUGGGAGAGACUUCAUUUGGAAGUAUAACGUGAAGAUUACAGGGCAGGAAUUGUCGUCUGGAAGCUUGACCAAGAGGAUGAUGGUGGAGGAAGAACAGCUCUCUUUUCACUCUGACUCUCUUAUGGUUGAUGGUGUAGAAGACUAUUCCCAUCAGAUAGCUGAGAUGAUUGGGCUAAGGAAUGAGUCCAAUUUCAAUGAGGCUGGGGUCAGGACUGUGUUGGAUAUAGGUUGUGGCUUCGGUAGCUUCGGGGCGCAUCUUUUUGCAAAACAUCUUCUUACCAUGUGCAUUGCAAACUACGAAGGUUCUGGAAGUCAAGUUCAACUUACUCUGGAAAGAGGCCUACCUGCUAUGGUUGGUUCGUUUGCGACGAAACAGUUGCCAUAUCCUAAUCUGUCUUUUGAUAUGGUACACUGCGCAAGAUGCGGGAUUGAAUGGGAGAGAAAUGAUGGUAUCUUCGUUCUGGAAGUUGACAGAUUACUGAGGCCUGGAGGAUAUUUUGUCUGGACUUCACUUACGAACACUCACAGGUCUCUCCAUAACAAGGAAAAUCAGAAAAGAUGGACUCUAAUUCGUGAUUUCACCGAGAGCAUCUGCUGGGAUCUGCUUUCACAGCAAGAUGAAACAAUCAUUUGGAAGAAAACCAGCAAAAAGAAAUGUUAUAGCUCUCGGAAAUCUGUCUCUCCAAUCUGUGAUAGAAGCCUGGAUAUGAAAUCUCUCUAUUACCAACCUCUCAAUCCUUGCAUAGGAGGAACAACAAGUCAAAGGUGGAUCCCCAUCGAAGAUCGAAGACCAUGGCCUUCUCAGGUUAUGCUAAGCUCGGCCGAGCUGAGCUUACAUGGUGUGCAGCCUGAGGAGUUUUUUGAGGAUUCCUUAAACUGGGAACUAUCAGUCCAAAACUAUUGGUCUCUUCUUUCACCUUUAAUUUUUUCUGAUCAUCCGAAAAGGCCUGGUGAUGAGGAUCCCUCUCCACCUUAUAAUAUGCUGAGAAAUGUACUCGACAUGAAUGCUCGAUUCGGAGGCUUCAAUGCUGCUUUGUUGGAAGCUGGAAAAUCUGUCUGGGUCAUGAAUGUAGUGCCUGUUACAAGCCACAACUCUCUCCCUCUUAUCUUUGAUAGAGGAUUCAUUGGUGUACAGCAUGAUUGGUGUGAAGCAUUUCCGACAUAUCCAAGAACUUAUGAUAUGGUUCAUGCUCAAGGACUGCUAUCAAUUCAUAAACACCACGGGUGUUCUGUGCUCGAUGUGUUCUUAGAGAUUGAUCGCAUUCUACGGCCAGAGGGUUGGAUAAUUAUUCAAGACGCAGCUCCCCUCAUUGAAGCUAUCAGAACAGCAAUCCCACAAUUAAAAUGGGAUGCUCGAGUUACAGAAAUCAGUGGAAACAAAGAUGACAGACUCCUUGUUUGUCAGAAGCCCUUCUUCAAGAAACAGAUACAAUAAUCAAGCUGAAUAUUACUUCCCAUAAGAAUCCUUUUUUUCUGGCCUCAAAUGGAAGAAACCAUUAAACAAAAUACAAAGAUGAGCUCUUUCUAUUGGGGCUCUCUAAGUCAUAGAGAGACCUUAUGAUUCGCCAUUACGAUGAGCAAAGAGACCUUCCCAAACGCAGGGCUUAUUAUUACAACCAUACAAAGCAGCAAGGUGACUGAGUAAUACAAUUUCAAGAAGAUGAAGCAGCAGUAAGGGACAGUUGUACUGAAUGCUUAGAGUAAAUUCUUUUAUCUGUUACUUGCUCUCAACAUUUAUGAAUUUUCUUUGUAAUGCUCUUCUUAUUGCCAAUGGAAGUUAUAGUUUCUCUUGAUUAAUCAUACUCUUAAAUUUAUAA